UCCAACCUCAAGUGAUCUGCCUGCCUCGGCCUCCCAAAGUGCUGGGACUAUAGGUGUGAGCCACUACGUCCUGCCCCAAAACCAAUUGUUUAAAAAGCAGAGAAAGAGUGUGUGUGUGUGUUUGAAUUCAGGGAAGUCUAUCUAUAAGCAAAGGUGGGAAGAAGGACUCACAGGAUCAAUUCAAAAGGCCCAACAUCUGACUGACAGGAGUUCCAGAAUGAGCAGGAAAUGAGAAGAAAUGUUAUCAAAGAAAUGCCAGGUCUCGAGGCAGAAUGUGUUCACCAAGCACCCAGCACUGUGAGGAAGGAAUCACCCACAGUUGGUGUGACCCCCAGAGGUGCAGGGAUCAGAGGGGACCCUACAGGCUUCCGGGGAGAAGGCCGGCGGCCGGCCAGCUCUCACUACCAAGGACCACGACCGGCCUUCCAGUCCUGUGGGAAAACGCCCUUGGCCCCGAUUCUCUCCCCAGCCCGAUGUCCAGCAGGCACGAGGUCAGGGUGACUAAAGGGCUUCCUGCUUCAGCUUCCGCACCCGUAAACAGAGGGUAACAAUGGCAUGCACUGUAUCUGGCAUAAAAAAAGGCAGAACCAGGACCUUCGAGAGCAGCUGGGGGCCCUCCUAGGGCCGGGGCAGCAGUUCCUGCCCCUGUGUCCCGAACACUCAAGCUGCACUGCUCUGGCCUGGCCCCCUGACCCAGCUGGCACGCAGCCCUUGGGGAACAGGGCACCUCUGCAGCUGCUGCGGCGGGAGCUGUGCGAGGGGCAAGAGGCUUUCGUGCAGCAGUCCCAGAACGAGCUGCAGCAGAUCCGCCUGUGCUUUGAGAGGAAGAAGAUGGUCAUCACAGAGGUGUGGGACAGCGUGGCUGAGAUGCACAUGGCCCUGAACAACCAGGCCACCGGCCUCCUGAACCUCAAGAAGGACAUCCGGGGUGUGCUGGACCAGAUGGAGGAUAUCCAGCUGGAGAUACUCAGGGAGCGGGCCCAGUGCCGCACUCGAGCCAGGAAGGAGCAGCAGAUGGUGAGCAUGGCAGUGAGCCCCCCACGCCCCACUCUGGGUCUGGACACCAGCCUCCCCACCCAGGGCCCUACUUGGGCGAGGGGGAGAAAUGGGCUCCAGGAGGGCGGCCCAGGGCGGGGGCAUCCGAAAAGAGGCUGCAGGAGCCUGUCCAGAAGGAAGGGGCCGGGGUUGCGGUGGGGGGACCCCUGUCUGAGGAGGGUUUCCCAAAGCCAGGGAUCCCUGCCCUCAGCCUGGACCCUCGGGGUGGGCUCUGAUCCAGCCCCUCCCCGACAGAAAGGGAGGCCAAAGCUGGGAAGCUCCAAGAGCCUGGCAGGCCAGCUCUGGCUGCUGACCCUGAGGCUGCUGCUGGGCACCUUGCUGGUCUGGACUGCUGCCUACGUGUACGUGGUGAACCCCACGCCCUUCGAGGGGCUGGUGCCGCCCCUGCUGAGCCGUGCCACCGUCUGGAAGCUCCGGGCCCUGCUGGACCCCUUCCUGCGCCUCGAGGUGGACGGCUUCCUGCCCUUCUAGGCCGGAAGCUCAACGGCCCCAGCGAGGAGGCCAGGCGACCAGCACUGCCCCGGAUGCCCAGUGGCCGCGCCGGCCCCCUGCACAUAGCACCACUGUGCACCGUCCCUGCCAGGAGCUGCAGAGAAGGGUGGAGGCGGGGUCUGUCCUGAGGGCUGGGCCUGUGGCUGGACAUAGAGUCAUGACAUAUGUGGCCGGUGAGCAUGUCUCUGUGGAAAUUGGGGGAGGGACACCGGGUGACCCAGCAGCGAGGGUCCGUCAGGGUGGAGACCCCAGCCUCAGGGCUGGCUUCCCACCCCACAUCCCACCUGCCAUCCAGAAGGCAGCCCCUCUGCACAGGGCUCUGACUCCUAAGGCGUCUUAGGAAGGUCUCCGCUGAAAGGCAACAGCAGUGAGGACCGGGAGAUCCUCAGGUCUUGCCCCCUGGGCCAGGCCUUCCCGGGGACCUCAGAGGUCAGGUUUUCAGUGCUGACCCUGCUGAUCCACUGACCUCAUGCCCCUCAUGCAACUCCCCUCCCUG